AAAAAAAAAAAGGUUAUUCUACCUUAGUUUAUUUUUGGAAGGGUAAAGGGAGAUUUUCACAAAAGAAAAUGCUUCAAUGGUUGGUUAGCAUGACAUCCUCAAAACUUAAAAAUCUACUGUGUGGUGGAUUGAGACUCUCCUCCACAUUAUAGAUGAAGAAAGGCCCCUCUUUCUUUAUUUUAUUUCUUUUAACUAUUUCACCAAAACAAGAGAAUAAAAUGAUCACGAUUUCAUAUAUACUCCUAAGCUUCAUCACUUUUUUUUCUCUUAGAUUAGAACUAUUGUUUCAAUCAUAGUUUCAUGUUCUCUGCUGUAUGCUUUUCCUUCUCAAUUCUGAAGUCAGUAAUACUUUUUGAAUAGUUUCAGCUUCUAUCCUUGAUUCAUCAGUAAAGAUAGCUCUCGAUCUAAAGCAGUAUGUGUUCAGAAACUAGUCCACCUCGACUAUCUUUCGAUCGUAUUUUAUGUCAGGACCAUCCCCACAAUCUCCAACCAAGAAGAGACUCAGCAAUUCUGGAGUUGAAUUGUGACUUUGAAUUCAGCAUUAACAUUUGUUCAGACCAAGAAUCUUCAUCAGCUGAUGAGCUCUUCUCUCAUGGAGUGAUCCUUCCCAUUCAGCCUCGUGACAGAGUUAGUAGUACUAUCAGUUUUCCUUCAAAAAAAACUCAAAACAGAGAAAUCCCAAGUCUUAAUUCUCUUCCUCCUCUUCCUUGGUCUGAGUAUCAAUCAAAGGGAGAAAAGCUUAAGGAAGUUUCCACUUCUGAUUAUGUUGUGGAGCAGAGCAAUAAGCCUCAGUCGACCAAGUCGUUUUGGGGAACAUUCAAGAGAAGUAACAGCCUAAACCAUGAGAACAAGAGAAGCUUGCUUUGUUCGUUGCCACUUCUUUCUAGAAGUAAUUCAACUGGUUCGGUCUCAUCAACUCAAAAGAAAACUUCCUCGUUUAAGGAGGUUAAUAAGAGCAAUGGUACUUGGCAAAAGCAGCCGUUGAUUCCACUGGUGAGAUCAUCAUCGUCCUCAUCUUCAUCAUCAUCUUCGUAUUCAACGAUGCAAAAGCCACCUUUGAAGAAAAAUUACGGAGGAGGGUCUUAUGGAAAUGGUGUAAGGAUUAUUCCAGUCUUAAAUGUACCACCUCCCUACAUUCCUAAAGGAACUGCAAAACUCUUUGGAUUUGGUAAAGAUAGAAAGAGUAAGAAAUGAGUGAUUUAUUUCAUGGUGAAGAAAACUUGGCAAUUAUAUGUUUUAGUUCAUCAUAUACCUGUUAUGGUUUCAAGCUCCUUGUGUUUUUAUUUUCUUAAAAAUUUUAUAUAUGUUGUGUCAUAGGAUAGAACAUGGAAUCUUCCAAGGUGAGAGAAUUUCAUUCAAAAGAAAAUAUAUAUAUCUUCACCCAAACUUAAAUUCUUGUAAAUUAUGAAGAAAAAGAUCACCAUAUUGAAAGGCUUGGAAGAUUCAUUCAUAUUUAAGUGUCACAAUAUUUAGAGACAAGAACAGGAACCCAUAAUACUGGGUUUGUCCCAUUCGUGUUCAAAUAUAUAUAUUUUUUUAUGUAA